AUGCCAUCCAAUGACUCCCCAACACCGGCCAAUAGGCCUGCUCAAAGAUCCUCCUCUCGGGCGAGUCCGUCAUCAGGGACAGGUCGCAGCAGUCCUGCUCUGGAUAUUGACACAAAAUACCAACCUCCACGUUUGACAGGAACAGCGAUGUCCCUGGUGCCGCGGUUACCGACCCCAGGAAGUGUCUCUGCAUCGGCGUCUGCAAACAACUCUACCAACUCGUCACGCGAGACCUCCCCCAUCCGCCUCACUUCUCGUGUAGUCAGCAAUUCAAACUAUCAGACUGGUCCAAGUCGAUCUCUCUCGCGGACGAAAAACAGUAACAGCCCCAGCCCCAGUCGUGGCGCCAGUGGCACACAACCUAACCCUACGUCGACGGUUACCUCCACCUUGUCUCCUGCCGCUGUGCAAAAGGCAUUUGCACAGCUCGGGAAACCCGAUUUACAACGCUCUGCCAUUACUGACAAGAACCUCGAUGCCUCCGACCCAGAUCGUGCGAGUAUGCCACCGCCGCGCACAUCCAGACGGCGAAGUUCGAUUACAAAUGGUUCCAGGAGUCCUUCCCUAGGAAGUACCACCACGAAACGCUCAGACCCGACGACAGAGUCCCUUGCGAACAUAUCAACGAAAAGAACUUCUGUAAGUCCAGAAGAGGACCGAGUAUCGCCGGUGAAGGCAGUCUAUGAUGAUGCUGAGAUCAGCUCGCGUCGUCCCUCUGGGAGGGGUGCCACCCAGCCGGGAACGGUUCUAGAGACUGUUCAAGAGUCCAGUGUCCCGUCCACUCCUGUUUCGGCACCAGCAAGCUCCGUUCUAGAAAAUGCACCGUCUAAAGCCACUGAUACCGCUCAGCAUGCAGUGGAAAGUGGUAGCGAGAGUGGUGGAAACAAAAGCUCUGGUUCGAAGGAAGACAAGCGCCGAUCGUCUGUAACAACACGACCGACUGCUGCUAUCUUGCCGCAAAAAUCCUUCACGUCGCUUAACAGUGGUCGAGGCAAACCAAGCGAUGGUUCGGUGCGAAAUAUGAUCGUCGAGACUGAAACUGUCAGUUCUAUUCCGCAGGUAUCUCUAGGCGUUGGUGCCGGUGAACGGGGCAGUUCGGCUCGCAACGACCAAGGCGGUACUAUCAGAAUGAAGCCCAGUGUUGAGACCAUUCGCCCUAAGAAAGAGAAGAAACGAACUACCCGCAAGCCAGCCAACCCCCCUGGUGCAGCUUCGUCAAAGGCCGACAUUUUUGAAGCCAAAGUUGCUAGUGCCAUUGAUGACGCAGAUGUUUCUGAUUCCGAUGAGACUUUCGUAUACGAGUCCAAUCCUCCCGAACCACUUCCGAACCGACAUCGCUAUCAUUCCCGAACUCCGAGUGCGACGUCCAUGGCCAGCCAAGCCGAGCAAUUUGCGAGCCGGUCUCGUCUUGCCGGUAGAGACGGAACUGGGGUGACGGUGAAGCGAAGCAUGAAAUUCACGAAUAACCAUAAUAACAACCUCGACAGCGACUUGGGAGACAUGGAUCAACGAGGCGUCAGUGGAAGGGGUGAGUCCAACGGACACUCUGGUCGACAUCAUAUCGGCCGUCAUGGCAGAGGAGGCGGAUACCCUUCGCUAUUUGAUAGUGACUCUCCAUUUCCUCAAUCUCAACAACCACCUCGCUCUCCUCGCCAUUACAUCACCAAUGGAUUCCGUCAAAGUCGACGAGGCAACGGGCCACGUUCACAUCCAAACUAUCGUACACUUGGUGGUCCCAAGAGUAUGAGUGACGAGUACACAGACGACUUCGAUGCUGAUGGUGCCGAUGAUGAGCGCACACCUUUGGUCAGUUCAGUUCGAAUGUCUCGUAACCGCAACGGUCGUAGACCGGGAAGUGCCAGUAUGCGACAAAUGGAGUAUCUUGAAAAUCGUCAACGAAGUUGCUUUUCUCGGUAUGGGGGAUGUGUUAUCGCGACGUUUUUGAUAGUGAUCCUUAUCGGCGGCGCAGCGACUUUCCUUGCUGCUUUGAUGCGACCUUUAUUGGAUGUGCAAGUCACUAAACUUUCGAAUGUUCUCGCUUCAGAGCAGGAGAUUAUGGUUGAUGUGCAUGUCAGUGCUAUCAACCCUAAUAUCUUCCCUAUCUCCAUUGCAAAUAUGGAUGUCAACAUUUUUGCCCGGAGUCGGUACGUCGGUAGCGAUAAGUUGUGGCGUGAUCACGGCUCCCACGCUUCAGAUUUUCCUCGAGUCCAACGUAGCAAGAUUCGCGCGUCAUUAGCACGGCUAGUUCGGCUGCCUUUGCUGGGCGACUCCAAGGUAUCGACUUCUGAAAUUCAUACUAUGGACGGCAUCGACCACGGCACAGAUCCAUUACCGUUUCCAGACGAUCCGUCCGGCGAUGCCCAGACAAUGCUGCUUGGUCGUGUCUUUAGUUUUGAUUCUCCUGUUAUAAUUGAUCCCUCACCUUGGAGACGUAUUCCCUCUGAAUCUGUUGGAGAGAUCCGGCUGCCGAAGCCGGGGAACAAGACAGAAGAGGGUGGAACUGAGCGCUGGGAGCGAGUAUUACAACAUCCAUUUGAAUUGAUUGUGCGUGGUGUCUUUAAAUAUUCACUGCCAUUGACAUCGGGCGAGCGAUCUGCGUCAAUUAGUGCCAGAGUUCAAGUUCUUCCCAACCAAGAUGAUGACAGUGACGGAAACGGUAGCGAAGAUGGCAACAGCGGCAUCCCAGGUCUCCCAAGAAACGAAACUGUCCGCAUCAAUUGA